AUGGCACCCAGCAAAUCCAUGUCAGACGUUUGGAGAACAGGAUUGAUCAAGUCGUUCAGUGCGAUACUCGCGCCCAUCGAAGACAGGCUUGAAAGGUCUGGGAACCAAGAAAAAGCCCAAAGGCUGCGGAGACUACAGCAUCGACUCUUUGGUCUCACGGAGACUCAGUGGGUUUGUAUUAAUGAGCUGAUAGAUGCCGAAGAAGCCAUCUGGGCGAUAUCGCAAGCCGAUGAGCAAGCCACCAAGCGUCUUGCCAAGCUAAGGAGCCUACCUCCUGUCGACGACGCUGCCGAAGUGGAACGUCGCAAACAAAAGUCAGAGUACUGCAACAGAUUCCUGGCGGAGAAUGCAGGACGUCUCAAAGAAGUCGAGGAGAUAGUGGAUAAGCUGCAUCGUCUUAUGGGAAAUACACCAGUGUAUCGUGCUAUGACUUCCAGACGGCGCGACCCAGACUGGUAUCUCACGAAUUGGCUUCGGUACAGGUGUGCUGGAGCUGGAGGCUGCUGUGGUCGAUCCUGCGGCUGCUGCGAAAAGCCACGAGAGACCACAAAAACCCAGGGACGCUUUGGCCACUGUACACCAAACUGUCUCUGCUGCAGAGAACACCGAGGCUAUCCGAUUAAUCUUCGGCGGGGGAAGUACCCGGGAAAGCUUGCCUUCAAUGUCAAGCAGGAGAGUAGUGACUUGUAUAGUGGGCUUAUUAUGAACUCACAUGUCUGGGGACUGCCUCCAGGGAGGUAG